AUGAAUUUCUACGCCGCUUCCAACAUGCCCGUGUACCGGGUCGAGGAGAAACCGCAGAAGAGCUCCAAGCAGGACUCCAAAAAGUCCAGGAUCCUUGGACUCCAGAGGCCCCAGAGAGACGCUGCGCCACCCCCUGUCAGACCCGUCACGUCGUCCGAUGUCACGCCGCACGACACCCGCUCCAUCGACAGGCUCCUGGACCCGGCAGUCGAUGGCCCUCCUUCGCCAGAGAGUCUUCGCGAACUUAGCCAGCAGCUGAAGAGGGAAUCGGUCCGCGACACACACCAGAGCCACCAAACCAGCUCGUCCGGCUCGUCAUCGCUGCGGUCGCUGACCUCGGCCGACCGGCCCUCGUGGGAGAACGCGUACGAAGGGAAGCCGCUCUCGAGGAAAUCCUCGGGCCGCUCUACAUCCAGCAGCAUGCCAUCCCGGGACCGGCCCGAGAGCGUGCAAAUAUUCGGCAAGACCAUCUUCAACCGCAGAGGGAAGCUGAGGCGCGAGAGCAGCGCCCAGAGCUCGUCGAGCUCCAUGUACUCGACCGAUGCUGUGGUUGACACGUCGCUGCCGCCCACGCACCCCUCGGUUCCAACCCGUGACUCGACCAUCCCGUCCCUUUUCGGUCUUCGCCGGAACCACAAGCAGGACCAGGCCGCCGAUGCUCAGCGCAGACUCAACAUAUCUGGGCCCUACAACUUCCAGCACGUGGGUAGAAGUUCCUCUUCCCGCCGCGUUCUCAAUCGCUCUCAGUCCCAGGAACAGCUGGGCAUGAGUAUCCCCCCCCCGCGCCCGCCAAGGUCUCCCAUCGACCCGUCCCACCCCGAAGGCCCUCUUCCACCUCCGCGUGGCUCAUCGAGUCGAAUGUCGGCUCGCCAUGAACGACUCGACUCACUGGACAGGCCGCAGACAAGCGUGAGCUUCCGUUCCCCUCAGCUGUAUGCUGACCCCGGAAGCCCUCCUGCAACAUCGUAUGGUUAUACACCGGCGCCGGAUAUGGGCGUGAUCCCGGAAGACGCCUAUGGUAUUGCCAUGGACCCCCAACUCGACGCCAACUGGCCGCUUCCGUGCCCGAACAGUGCUGCCCCAGAGUACACCCUGCCCAACGUGCCCGAGGAGGAUGAGAACAACCCCGCAGUGAAGAAGUCCCGGGCGAGUGUUGCGAGCAACUCAUCCCUCCGAGGCAGCCAGUCUGUUCCCAUGUUAAGGGGGCUUGCCCUGCGCCAGGCAGACGACUCGGGCCGCCGACCCAGUGAUGGCUCCGACACCCUUGGCCGGUUUGAUAUGCUUGCUGCGCAGCGAGCCCUUAAAGCAGCACUGACCGAGGGCGGUGGGGCACUGCCCCGAGAAGCUUGGGAGGACGACAUUGAUUACAUUUAUGACCACGAAGCCGAAGCCGACUGCGACUAUGAGUGGGGCCGCCCGUCUUUCGAGACGAGCAGGGAUGGAGACACAGCGACGCCCGUCGACGACCACGGACGGGGCAUUGGAUCGUGUGAGGCCUCUCCUGCGAUGCUGACGCCAGGACAGUUCGAUGUGCCGGCUCUCAGUCCCGUCAGCCAGCUCUCGUCGGCAACCGCGCAGGAAGCCAUCACGCCGACUGUGGUAAACAACCCCAAGGCGUCCAACUUUUCCUUACCGAAAGUCGAUUCCAAGAACCUGCUCCACGUACGGAAGACGUCUGAUGCGUCCAGCUUCAAGGAAUCCCACGGCUUCACUCUGUCGCCGUCUCUCUUGAUUCCGAUGGACUAUCAGCAGCAGAUGAUGGCCUGUGAGGCGGAAAGGCAAGAAGCCUCUGACUUUGCUUUUCGUCAUUCCGGCGAGCACGCACUGAACAUGGAUCCAUCAGCGCUCCUCCUCCGGUACCGUACCAGCGCUUCGACGACCGGCACGCUCGAAAGCACCAGCUCGGCGUUCGAUAAGCACACCUCGACUGCCUCAACAUCGACCGACUACAGCCGCCUGACGGCAAGUGUCACGUCGCUCGACAUGGAGUCUUGCCUCCCGACCGCCGAGCCGCUGCAGCGACUCCCUUCGCUCGAGUCCCACGGCAGGGUUGAGAACAAGACUGCCAUGCCCCCGCUCCCAGAAUCGGAAGAGGUGGCCCAGCCACCCAGCCGCCGGCCCCAUUUCAAGAGCCGCGGCAGCGAGUCGAACCUCGGCAGACUAGCCACGGACGAGCCCUGGCCUGGCAAAGUCAAGGGUUUUUCUGCCCAGGCCCGGCGCGGGCGUUCGAGGACAACGAGCCUCAGCACGCCCCCCCCCGCAAAUCAGUAUGCGCUGUUUCCGGCCGUACAGCUGAGCGGGAAGCAGAUCUAAACAAGUCAACGACGUCAACAGCCCAUGGCGUAUUAUAUACACUCCGGGAUCACCGGAGAUGGACGGCACAUACCUCUACCGACUUGAUUGCCCCGAAACCACACGAGGCGUCGCCUCUCACAUGUUUCCUUUUUGUUCUAACACAACAUGUUAUUGUUUCAAACACAUCUGAGAGCGGAUGGAAGUCAAACCAUAGACUUGGAAUGGUAGGGGCUUGUUCUGGGCACCCAGGACCUUGCGGCGCAAAUGGAAAAAAAGAGGAAUACUCGAAAUCUCCCAAUCUGUGUAGGAAGUGACCUGUUGUCGCAUCAGCGUUCCUCUUUUUUCUCUUGACCUCUGACUUGUUUACUUUCGCUCGAGGACCUGACACACCUGUCUUUUCCGCUUAUAGC